AUGGAACAAGGAAACGGGCAUGCGACAGCUUCCAUUGACCAUCCACACGACGUCGGAGAUGGCGAGCAUUGCUCCUUGUCUCCGCUGGUCUACGGAUUCUCAUAUUCCCCGAGCGAAGACCGGAUCAUCGAAUACUUGGACAGCAUGUCGGACAACCAAGCUCCGGAGUCGCACAUUGCAGCAUCACAUCGCGGAUAUGCUCUCGAAGAAAGGAGGGCCAUUGUAUUGGAUCCAUAUCCCAUUGGCAGGAUAUCAAGAGGGAAAGUAGAUGUCAGCUAUGGAUUUUUUAACGAAUAUUUGUACGAGAGCCAUGAGCAUGGGCCCAGCAAGCUUCUGAAGGCCCAUAGAGUCAUGUGCGGGUUUGAGAUAUACUCGCUCGGACAGGGUGAUGAGGAGAAGGUGGGAUGCCUGAGGUCGAAUCUGUUCGGAACGAAGUACAUUCUCUAUCAAGGCGAGAAGGCAGUUUUGGAGAUCAAAUAUGCCACAUCGAUAUUUAAAAGACGAGGGCCAAGAUCGUUCUCUGUGCUGUUCACGGGGAUAUCGGGAUCGUCGUUGAAGGAGCCUGUUGUGAUGAGGAACAAGGAGCCCUACUACAAUGCGGAAACCAACAGUUACUCCCUAAACUUCAACGGACGAGUAACUACGCCCUCUGUGAAGAACUUCCAGCUUAUCCAUCCUCUCGAGCCAACAUAUGUGACAUUGACAUUUGGGAAGAUCUCGAGGUUCAAGUACAUACUUGACUACACAUAUCCCUGGUCUGGGGUGCAGGCAUUUGCAAUAGCGCUUGCGGCCCUGGACUACAAGGUUGGAUGCGACUGA